UUGUUGGUUUCAUAUUUCUUUCGCAAGUGUCGAGGCGAGAGACGUUCGAACUCGAGACACGAUAAAUACAUGUUGUAAGCUGUCGCAGCUGAAGUGUGUGUAUUUCGAAAUAAGUCUAGUUUUCGAUGGCUGCUGCAGUGAGCAGUUUGUUGUCUUGCAAUCGCUCAAUAAAUAACUAUUAGAUCGGCAUGUGGACAGUGAUUUCGUGAGCGGUUUUGUCGAUAGUUCUAGUGCACAAACUCCGUGUGAUGUGAUUGAAAGCUUUGUUCCGUGAAAAACCCAUUGUGAAAGUAAGCCUCUUAUUCUUCUCCACCUGCAUGUAGCGAAAGAAAAAAAAAACGAUUCGCUCAAGUGCAAGAAGGGUCACGAAUUCAUGAAGAAACUGCAAUGUGUAAUGUAGUGCAUCAUCAGUGGCAGCAGCAGCAGCAGAACUGUGUCUUGCGAUAAGCUUUGUCGUGUAAUAAUUCAGAAAAUAAAAGGCGAAAGGAAGUGGCGCGACCAGAGCGAAGUGGUGCACGAAAACAAGAAUUGGAUAAAGCAAAGUGAUCGACGAAUAUCUUGUGCGGUCCUCCUAGGCGAGGGAGCCGUCACGGAUCGGAACCAAACGAGCAGAAGCAGAGCCGGCAUGGGUUACGAACUGACGCGCUUCCAAGGUGACGUAGACGAGGAGCUGAUCUGUCCGAUCUGUUCCGGUGUGCUAGAGGAACCGUUACAGGCGGUAGCAUGCGAGCACGCAUUUUGUCGAGCCUGCAUCACAGAAUGGCUCUCCCGCCAGCCAACCUGUCCCGUUGACAGGAAUCCCAUCACAAACAGUAAUUUACGUGCCGUACCUAGGAUCCUUCGAAACCUGCUUUCACGACUCAACAUAAGCUGUGAAAAUGCCAUGUACGGGUGUACCUUGGUACUCAAGCUGGACACAUUGGCCACCCAUAUCGAGGAGUGUGAACACAACCCAAAGCGUCCAUUGCCGUGCGAAAAAGGCUGUGGCUUUGUGAUUCCAAAGGAUGAGUAUAAGGAUCACAACUGUUUCCGUGAGCUGCGCUCAUUAGUGCACAACCAACAGCAGAAAAUGAGCGAACUGAAGAACGAAAUCAACGAUCAGAACCUGGUGAUAAAUGAGCUGAAGCGUGAACUGAACCUGGUGAAGGAUUUUAUGAGGGCGAUGCGCGUAUCGAAUCCCGCGAUGCGAGCCAUCGCCGAUCAGAUGGAGCGGGACGAAGUGACGAGGUGGUGCAAUGGACUGGCGAGGGCACGAGUUACUCGGUGGGGUGGAAUGAUUUCAACACCGGAUGACGCGUUACAACUAAUGAUCAAACGAGCCCUCUCGGAAUCGGGAUGUCCACCUCACAUUCUCGACGACCUGAUGGAGAACUGUCAUGAGCGACGGUGGCCCCGAGGACUGAGCUCAUUGGAAACCCGCCAGAACAACCGACGGAUAUACGAGAGUUACGUAUGUCGAAGGAUCCCGGGAAAACAAGCUGUGCUAGUAUUGCAUUGCGAUAACACACACAUGUCAGAGGACGUUAUGGUGGAACCGGGAUUGGUCAUGAUAUUUGCUCAUGGUAUAGAAUAAGGACUUAUUUUUCUCAUGCUCGGGAACUACUGGGACUACUACAAAAAAACAAACACACAACACUAGACUACCUAACUGCUACAGCAAAUUACUACUACUACAA